CUGGGAACCCACUUCUGGACCACCAUGGAUCUGAGUCUCUGCGCUGCAGGUCCGGUCCGGUUCUGGACGCAGUGAGCCGGACCGAACCGGGAUGUUCUGACUUUAAACCCGCAGGAUUUUCACAUCUGGUAUACUGGGCCAGUUAGCAGCAGGAUCAGGAUGAGAAGAUGGCUGGCUGUGUGUUUCCAAUGGGACCAGAGAGCUUUAAGCGCUUCACGCCGGACUCCCUGGCAGCCAUUGAGCAACGCAUCGCCCAGGAGAAGGCCCGACGCAACAAGGAAUACCAGGAGCUCAGCGAGCAGGAAUCUGUGAAAGCAUCGGUACCACCGGGUCACCUCCCGGGUCACCUCCCGGUCACCUCCCGGUCACCUCCAGGGCUGACCUGUGGAGCCCCCGCCCCCCCGACCCUCAGCGAAGGAUAUGAGUGGACCAGGAUCUUGAUGGCGAUCCUGCGGACCGGAUGGAACGGGCUGAAGUCCUGCAGUCAGAGCUUGAUUCUGGCUCUGGAUCCAGAUGUGCUGUACAGCCUGGAGGCUCCAGCUGUGUGGGUUCGGCCCGUCGGCUCCAGACGGUGGACCGAUAUGUCAGAUAUGACUUCACACCCAAUCCCCUCUUAUCCUCACUUCACACUCGUCUAUUUUUACUGUGGGAGGCGGCUGCCGGUGCCGAGGGCCGUCGAGCCGGCGGACACGCUGCUGCUGUCACGGGGAGAGGCGGCCGGCACUCCAUCAACAAUUAGCCAACAAGUUUCAGCUGGAGUUUGGGCCGCUCCCACGGUGGCAGCAUGUUCCCUCCACCAAAUUACAAUAAUUAUGAUUCAUUUUUUAUUCAGUUUGUUCAUCAUGUGCACCAUCCUGACCAACUGCUGCUUCAUGGCCAUGUAUGAGCCGGCGUACUGGGCCAAAUACCUGGAGUACACCUUCACAGGUAUCUACACGUUCGAGUCGCUCAUCAAGAUCCUGGCGAGAGGCUUCUGUGUGGGGCCCUUCACCUUCCUGAGGGACCCCUGGAACUGGCUGGACUUCAGCGUCAUCGUCAUGGCAUAUGUCACUGAGUUUGUGGACCUGGGUAAUGUGUCAGCCUUAAGGACGUUCAGAGUGCUGCGAGCGCUCAAAACCAUCUCAGUCAUCCCAGGCCUGAAGACCAUUGUGGGCGCUCUGAUCCAGUCAGUGAAGAAGCUGGCGGACGUGAUGAUCCUCACGGUGUUCUGCCUGAGUGUCUUCGCCCUCAUUGGCCUGCAGCUCUUCAUGGGGAACCUGCGGCAGAAGUGUGUCCGCAGCACGGAGCACUGCCUGAACGGCAGCCUGCCGGCCAACACGUCCUUCUACUGCAACAACAAGACCUGGACCUCCAUCAAGGACUUCAUCCAGGACGAAGAUAACUUCUACAAGGUGGAAGGAACCAAAGAUGCCUUAAUCUGUGGGAACAGCAGCGAUGCCGGGUUGCAGACCCCUGCUGUAGAGGGUCCUCGGGUCCCGGUGGUCCUGGUGGUCCUGGUGGUCCCGGUGGUCCUGGUGGUCCUGGUGGUCCAGUCUGUGUUCUCAGGGAUCUUCACAGCUGAGAUGGUUCUGAAGAUCAUCGCUCUGGACCCGUAUUACUACUUCCAGACGGGCUGGAACAUCUUCGACAGCAUCAUCGUGUGCCUGAGCCUCAUGGAGCUGGGCCUGUCCGACGUGGAGGGUCUGAGCGUCCUCCGCUCCUUCAGACUGCUGCGAGUGUUCAAACUGGCUCGCUCGUGGCCGACGCUCAACACCCUCAUCAAGAUCAUCGGGAACUCCAUGGGCGCUCUGGGCAACCUGACGUUGGUCCUCGCCAUCAUCGUCUUCAUCUUCGCCGUGGUGGGCAUGCAGCUGUUUGGAAAGAACUACUAUGAGUGUACCUGUAAGAUCUCCAAGGACUGCUCCCUUCCUCGCUGGCACAUGAAGGACUUCUUCCACUCAUUCCUCAUUGUCUUCAGGGUUCUGUGUGGCGAGUGGAUCGAGACCAUGUGGGACUGCAUGGAGGUGGCGGGCCAGCCACUCUGCAUCCUGGUCUUCAUGCUGGUCAUGGUCAUCGGGAACCUGGUGCUGCUGAACCUCUUCCUGGCUCUGCUCCUCAGCAGUUUCAGCUCCGACAACCUGUCGGCUCCAGACGACGACGGCGAGAUGAACAACCUGCACAUCGCCAUCCACCGGAUCACCAGAGGACUGGCCUGGUGCCGCCGACAGGUGGUGGACUUCUUUAACGGGAACCUGAAGCGCCGACGUCAGAAACGGAAGGAAGCCAAAGCCAUGAUGAAGCUGAAGCGUCUAAGUUCGAUCCACACCGAGGCCAACGGAGCCGUCAUCGGUCGUCACGUGGAGAAGUACGUGGUGCCGGAGGACGACAGCUACAUGACCAACCCCAACCUGACCAUCAGCGUCCCCAUCGCCCCCGGGGAGUCGGAUGUAGAGUUCCCCGAGGAGGAGGAGGAGGAGGAAGAAGAGGAGGAGGGAGGAGGGGAGCAGAGUGAGGGGUCUGAGGGAGACGAGGCGCGGGAGGAGGAGGAGCAGAAGGAUGACAUCAGCCUAUCAGAGGGCAGCACGGUGGAUCUGAGGAAGCCCGGCGAGGAAGAGGACGAGUACUCGGAGCUGGCUGAGGAGGCCUUGGACCCGGACAACUGUUUCCCUGACGUGUGCGUGGCCCGGUUUCAGUGCUGCGACAUCGACACCACGGCGGGCUUCGGCCAGAUGUGGUGGAGGACCAGGAAGACCUGCUACCAGAUCGUGGAGCACAGCUGGUUUGAGUCCUUCAUCAUCUUCAUGAUCCUCCUCAGCUCCGGAGCUCUGGCCUUUGAGGACAUCUACAUCGAGAAGAGGAGGGUGGUGAAGGUGAUCCUAGAGUUCGCAGACAAGAUUUUCACCUACAUCUUCAUCCUGGAGAUGUUGCUGAAGUGGCUCGCCUACGGCUUCAAGAAGUACUUCACCAACUACUGGUGCUGGCUGGACUUCCUCAUCGUGGACGUUUCAUUGAUCAGUUUGGUGGCCAACACUCUGGGUUACUCAGACUUAGCAGCCAUCAAAUCCCUGCGGACGCUGCGGGCCCUGCGGCCCCUCAGAGCCCUGUCCAGAUUUGAAGGCAUGAGGGUGGUGGUGAACGCUCUGAUCGGGGCGAUCCCCUCCAUCAUGAACGUCCUCCUGGUCUGCCUGAUCUUCUGGCUCAUCUUCAGCAUCAUGGGCGUCAACCUGUUCGCCGGGAAGUUCGGCCGCUGCGUCAACCGGACCGGGUACGUCUACGACGCCUCCUUCAUCAACAACAAGUCCGAGUGCGAGGCGUUCAACGACACCUCGCUGUACUACUGGAGCAAAGUGAAGGUGAACUUCGACAACGUGGGCGCCGGAUACCUGUCGCUGCUGCAAGUGGCGACAUUUAAAGGCUGGAUGGACAUCAUGUACGCAGCGGUCGACUCGAGAGCGGUGGAGGAGCAGCCGAUCAAAGAGAUCAAUCUGUACAUGUACCUGUACUUCGUCAUCUUCAUCAUCUUCGGCUCCUUCUUCACCCUCAACCUCUUCAUCGGUGUCAUCAUCGACAACUUCAACCAACAGAAACGAAAGUUGGGGGGACAGGACAUCUUCAUGACGGAGGAACAGAAGAAGUACUACAACGCCAUGAAGAAACUGGGCUCCAAGAAACCUCAGAAGCCCAUCCCGAGACCUCUGAACCCUCUGCAGGGGUUCUUCUUCGACCUGGUGGGGAAGCAGGCGUUCGACAUCAUCAUCAUGGUGCUGAUCCUCCUCAACAUGAUCACCAUGAUGGUGGAGACGGACGAGCAGUCGGCCCGGAUGGAGAAGAUCCUUUACUACAUCAACCUGGCCUUCAUCGUCAUCUUCACCACCGAGUGCACCAUCAAGAUCGUGGCGCUGCGCUGCUACUUCUUCACCGUCGGCUGGAACAUCUUCGACUUCGUGGUCGUCAUCCUCUCCAUCGUUGAUUGUGUGAGCAACAGAGAGCAGUCCAGCAUCAGAAGACCUGAGAAGAUGUAG